GCCUAAACCACUCCAAUGGCUUCCUUAUCCUUCGUCUCUUCCUCCCACCUUAACCUGCGCACCCCUGCGCACCCCCUCUCCUCCUCCUCCUCUUCCAGAUCCACUGUCUCCUUCUCCAUCAGAGCCCAAUCCACCGCCCUCACCCAGGAUGACCUGAAGAAGCUCGCGGCGGAGAAGGCCGUCGACUCCAUUAAAUCCGGCAUGGUCCUCGGUCUCGGCACCGGCUCCACAGCCGCCUUCGCCGUCGACCGGAUAGGUGAGCUUCUCAGCUCCGGCGUGCUCUCCGACAUCGUCGGCAUCCCGACGUCGAAACGCACGGAGGAGCAGGCUCUGUCGUUGGGGAUCCCGCUCGUCGCGUUAGACACGCAUCCCCGGAUAGAUCUCGCCAUCGAUGGAGCCGACGAGGUGGAUCCGAACCUGGAUCUGGUCAAAGGCCGAGGCGGCGCGCUUCUCCGGGAGAAGAUGGUGGAGGCGGCGGCGGAGAAGUUCAUCGUGGUGGCGGACGAGACGAAGCUAGUCGAUGGACUCGGCGGAAGCGGUCUGGCCAUGCCAGUGGAGGUUGUUCAGUUCUGCUGGAACUACAAUUUGAUCAGAUUGAGAGAUCUGUUCAAGGAAUUUGGGUGCGAAGCGAAGCUGAGAAGCGAUGGAGAUGGGAAACCCUACGUGACGGAUAACAGCAAUUACAUCGUGGAUUUGUACUUCAAGGAGCCAUUGAAGGACGGAUUCGCGGCGGCGAAGGAGAUGGAGAAGUUUCAGGGAGUGGUGGAGCAUGGCCUGUUUCUGGGUAUGGCUACGUCGGUGAUCAUCGCCGGUAAGAAUGGCGUUGAAGUGAUGAGCAAGUGAAGAUGAUGAGCUCAGAGACUGAUUUCUCUCCCUUCUUCCAUGGCGAUUUUUCUUCGGAUCCGUUGUUUCUCGACUGAUUUAGCAGAAGGAGGUUGGUCUCGUUGUUCAAUUUGUGGAAAUAGACUCAUGCUUGGUGUCACCCAGAUCAAAUGUUGUCAUGAAACAAAUCUAAAUUGUUGGAAACUAUGCUAAAGUCUGCAACUCAGAUCAUAAGUUUCGAACUUUGUAGAAUGGGAGCUUUGAUUAAAGAGAAA